UUUGCUGAGCUCUGCCAGUGGCUGCGCUGCUUUUCCACACUUUAUUGAGAUGAGCCGGAUUCAGGCGUGCAAGCUUAGCAGAUUGUGCUCCAGCUCUGCAGGACGAGGUCCCAGAGGAUUCAACGACACGGUUCAUUUCUGAAGCGGUGAUCGUCCGGUUGCUGCUUCAUGAAGAGAAGAGAUGCUGACGAUGCUGCUUCUGGGAUGGACUGCAUUACUUUCUGGCCUCCCACAUGCAGCUUCCUCUUUAACGUCCCGAGUGAGUAGAGGCAGCCGAUGGCCGGCUCGGAAAUGUGAAGUCUUCAUCCUGCCUCCUCUUCCUCCUCCUAUGUUUCCUCCAAUCACACACAAAGCAGAGCUGAUGGUCGACAUGACAGAACACAUCACAGGACCCACAGGAGAAAAGGGCUGCAGAGGGCUGCGAGGAGCAAAGGGUAAACCUGGUGUGACGGGUCCAAAAGGAGAGCCAGGACCACAAGGUCCUCUGGGAAAACCAGGCCAGAAGGGGGAGAAAGGUGAGAGAGGCUGGAGGGGUCUGUACGGAGACAUCGGGACUCCUGGGAUGAUAAAGGGCAGUAAAGGUCAUCCAGGACUCAGGGGUGAUAAGGGUCUCAAAGGACACAGAGGCCCCACAGGAGAGAAGGGCGAGCGUGGCAUCCCUGGGACGGCCGGAGAGCAGGGACACCCGGGUCAGAAGGGGGACAGAGGUCUGAUGGGGGAGCAGGGAACAAGAGGAGAGCCAGGAGCCAGAGGAAAGAUGGGCUUGAAAGGUUCUAUUGGACUGGCCGGGGAGCAGGGACACCUCGGUGCAGCAGGACUGCCUGGUCUACAUGGAGAGCCUGGUCUACCUGGACAAGUGUACAUCCUGCCAGGCCUGCAGGGAGACUCCGGCAGCAGAGGACCCUCAGCCCCCUGCAGCUGCCCACAGGGUCAAAGUUCGCAGAGACCAUUGGACAACGUCCUGACGGUGUUUGUCGCAGACGGAGAGAAAGAGAUGAGGCGGCUGCGUGGGGAGAACGUGAUGGUGCUGCGGACGGACAGAAGAUCUCUCUACAUCUACACAGAUUCUCAGUGGAUGAACGUCCUGGUAACCGCUGCCGGAGAGGCAAUCCAAGAAGUUUAAAAGGGAUAGAAAUACAAUAUUAUCGGAAAGAAAAAGGUUUUAUUUAUCAGGACAUAAAAAAACAUGAUUUGGCCUGUGCUAUGAUCUAACAUUUAGGUUUUCUUGAACCUUCUGCUAGAUUCUCAUCUGCAGCCAGUGAACAGACGUCCCUUUAGGAUGUGUCAAAGAACAUCCUGGAACAGUUUAGCUCCACAAGUUUGAGAUUACAGAAGUCUACACAUGCUCAAAGAGCGUCCAUCCACAGAACAUCAGCACAUACACAGGAAGAAGUUCAAACACAGAAGUUCCUUCAGUUUGUCGCACAGAGUUGACAAAAGUUAAAAGUAUUCAUACUGAUGAGGCAUGGGAUCAACUACCAGAGUUACUAGAGAGGAAAAUUUAAAUGAACACAUUUAAGGAGCUGGACCAAAUGAAAAUGACUUCAAUAUUUUGUCCUUAUUCGACCUUUAUAUGUUUUUUGUCCCAUUAAGUUAUGUUGGACAACUGCUUCAACCAGGACUACCACCAAGUAUUUUACAGUGAUUUGACUUUGAUAUUGUGAAUUAUAGAAAAGAUCAAGUUUGUUUUUUUUUUUGUUUUUUUUUUGCAGCAUGAUCGUCUUUAGGUACCGUAUGCUAUUGUUCCUCAUGAAUAGAUCGCAGCAUGUUCAGUUCACUGCAGUCGUAUUAAAUGAAGUAGAAUUUGAAUAAAAAGUUCAUUUACUUUAGUAAAUUAAUUGACUAAUUAUUUAUUUGCACACAGACUGAUUUCAAGCCUUUGUUUUAUUUAAUCUUGAUUGACUGCCUUUCACCCAAUACAUGACAUUUAUAAUCAGAAUGUGACUUCACACUAAUUGUCUGCUUAAAGGUUAUUAUAUUGAAAAAGUACUUUAACAUAGCCAUCCAUUCUCUGUGUGUUUUUGCUGCGUCUCCCUG